AUGGAGUACCCUUUUUAUUCUAAGGGAAGAGGAUUUGGGUAUUGGCAGUCUCCGGGAACUGAGUUGGAAGGAUCAAUGUCGUUAGAUGGUGGAAUCAGCACUUUGGUGUCAGAGGAUAUGCCUAGUAAUUUCUCCGAGCUCAUGAACUUUGAUAAUUAUGCUGGUUUGUAUUCUGGUCCGUCUAUGACUGAUCAGAUUAUGGCUAAUGAGAUUCCGUCUUUUGCCUCGGUGUUAUAUCAAUCACCGGAUGGAUUCAAUCCUGUUGAACAGAACUACGGGCAAAUCUGUACGACAGGAGUAAGUGGAAAUUACAAUAAUUCGGAUAGCUCCCCCGUUUUUGCGGAGAGAGUUGUGCGUCAGAAAAUGGACACCUUACGUGGUUUCUUAGACAACACCGAUGAUGCAAAUAACUUAAAUUCUAAGCAAAAAAUCGAUGAUUCUACGCAGCAUGUUAAUACUUUGUCACUUGAUGAAAAAAUGCUGAAAGCCUUGUCGUUUUUUAAAGAAUCAGCUGGGUAUCGUGAAGUGUCGAGGACAUUUAUAUUUUCUACAGAAGGAAAACCUGGCUGUUUACCGGGACUUCCUGGUCGUGUUUUUAUCUCCAAAGUUCCUGAAUGGACUUCCAAUGUUGGUUAUUACAAUCCAAGUGAGUACUUGAGGGUUGAGCAGGCAAGAAAUCACGAUGUUCGUGGAUCAAUUGCUUUUCCCAUAUUUGAUCUGCACUCUGGAAUGCCAUGUUGUGCUGUCUUGGAACUUGUCACUACGAAGGAAAAGCUUGAUUUUGACAAAGAACUGGAAAUUAUCUGUCGUUCACUUCAGCUUGUAAAUUUGAGGACUACUUUGCCUAUUCGGCUGCUUCCCGAGUGUCUUUCGACCAAUAAAAGAGCUGCUUUAACAGAGAUAAUUGACGUGUUACGAUCCGUGUGUCAUGCACAUAGAUUGCCAAUGGCACUAACAUGGAUUCCUUGUUUUCACACUGAGGGCACAAGAGAAGAAACUACUAGAUUACAAAUUAAAGAGGGUAAUUCAAGUUCUAAAGAAAAAAGCAUACUGUGUAUUGAAGAGUCAGCUUGCUAUAUGACUGAUAGAGUGAUGGAAGGAUUUGUGCGUGCAUGCAUCCAACAUCCUCUUGAGGAAGGGAAAGGUGUAGCUGGGAAAGCUCUUCAAUCAAAUCACCCUUACUUCUAUUCUGACGUGAAAACGUAUGAUAUUAGUGAGUAUCCACUUGUUCAUCAUGCACGGAAGUUCAAUUUGAACGCAGCAGUUGCAAUCAGGCUAAGGAGUAUUUAUACUAAUGACGAUGAUUACAUAUUGGAAUUCUUUCUGCCAAUCAAUAUGAAAGGGAGUUCAGAACAGCAACUUUUAUUAGACAACCUCUCAGGUACCAUGCAGAGAAUUUGUAAGAGUUUGAGGACAGUUUCAGGUGUUGAACUAUCAGGGAUAGAAUGUAAACAUGCGGGGUUUGGAAAAAAAAGAGUCCCGAGUUUCCCCCCCUCGUCCACGAAAAGUUCUCAGAUACCAUUAAUAAAUGAAAACCUUAGCUCUGUCCAGAAGCUGUCGUCGGAGGCUUCGGACCUGAGAAACAAUAGAAAAGAGCCUUCUUGUAACCAGGAAAAUAAAGGAUCAAGAAGGCGAGCUGAGAAAAGUAGAGCCACAUCAGAGAAGAAAGUUAGCUUGAGGGUUCUCCAACAAUACUUUUCUGGUAGUCUGAAGGAUGCUGCAAAAAGCAUUGGUGUUUGCCCGACAACUCUUAAAAGGAUAUGCAGGCAUCACGGAAUUUCAAGAUGGCCAUCCCGCAAGAUUAAUAAAGUGAAUCGUUCUUUGAAGAAAAUUCAGACUGUGCUUGACUCUGUUCAGGGAGUUGAAGGCGGGCUAAAGUUUGAUCCCUCCAUGGGGGCUUUUGUGGCAGGAGGGACAAUCAUCCAAGAAAUUGAUGAAAGUAAAAAUCUCCUUUUCCCGGAGAAAAGUACUACACAAGACUCCGAGCCUAUUUCAGAAGAAGCUGCCUCAGUGCCUCCUGCACCUUGUAGUGAAGGUGAGAAUUCGGCAGAUAAGUUGGAUAGAAAAUUGAAGGGAACCAACGCUUCUAUGAUUGAUUGCAGUGAAGAUUCAAAAUCAUUUGCAAUGGAUGAUUUUCCCGAACAAGCUUGUUUUAGUUCUGUUCCUGCAAAAGGUAAUGCUAUUGGCCAGAGAAGCUCCUUUGUUGCUGAAGACAUGGACAGUGACGCUGAUGGGGAUGAUGAAGUUGUUGAACGCAACAAUCCUACUUCUUCAAGCUUGACAGACUCAUCUAGUGCCUCGGGUUCAAUCAUGCAUGAGAGUUCAUCUAGUUACCAGAACUUUAAGAACCAAAAGCAGUCCAAAGCCAAAUCAACCGUUGUUGAUAGCGGGACAAAAAUCAUUGUGAAAGCUACAUACGGAGAAGACACCGUUCGCUUUAAAUUUGAUCCAUCCACAGGUUGUUUUAAACUAUAUGAAGAAGUUGCAGCAAGAUUCAAACUGCAAUACGGGACAUUCCAGCUCAAAUAUCUAGAUGAUGAAGAAGAAUGGGUGAUGUUAGUGAAUGACUCGGAUUUGCAAGAGUGUUUAGAAAUAUUGAAUGAUAUGGGGACACGGAAUGCAAGGUUUCUUGUUCGUGAUAUGCCUUGCGUUUUAGGCAGCUCCGGCAGUAACAGUUGCUACUUGGUAGGCAGUUCAUAG